AUGAGAUUAACGUGUGAACAAAGAGUCGUUAAAUUAUGGACAUCGCGGCAACGAGUAGACGAAAGCUCACAGCCAAGUGAACGCUCCACAGCCGUCAACCCCGUGCUCUCGAUAUUAGCGUCCUUACGUCACCUCACCCCAUACGAUUCUCGUCCCCUAUUGGACGAACUUUGCCGCGCUUUCUGUGCAGUUGUGUGCGCGCGUGGCCACGUUAUGCACCACGCACACACGCGCGCCUCGAACGAGGCAAUGAUGUGCACGAAGUAUUAUCCCUUAUUACACGAUCCGCUUCCGCGCCGGCCGCACGAGCAUCAGACGUCUGACCUCUUUGUGGAGCGGUGCGAAGUUUCAAAAAAGGCGUUGCGAGAGACAAAGAUGGCAAUAGCAUUCAACUUGCCGAGCGAGAGAGAAGCGACCGAGGAGAACUUUUCACGGUUGAACCGGCUCCUAGCCGAGCUGUACGAGGUGCUAUGCCACAUCUUGGUGUCGCGACAUCCUGGCCAAGAAGUGCAGGACAAUCGCCGAGGUGAGUGUCCUCGCGAGCCUAACACACCACCUUACCACUUAAGAUGCAAUUCGACCUACAUCGUGAACUUGGUGAUGGUUGUAGCCAUCCUUAAAGUGUCCCUGGCGUCAUCUCUCUUCAAUACUGUGAGAUAA